AGAACCUCAAGGCGUUCCAACAAGCACCAAGGCACAGUGUUCGACCGUGUAACACAGUGUCACACUGUGUCUCCUUGCUGGAAAGCUCCCACUACAUUUCAGUGUUUCCAGUCUUGUAUUUCAGUAACCUCUAUGGGUGGCGCCAAUUGUAAUUUUUGAGUGAGGUUAUGCGAAAGAACAUUUACUUAUUGGAGAUUCGUGUUAUUUUAAAUAGCAUUUAGAGCAAACUGUCCAUCCACCCCCUUUAAAAUAUUGAGCAUUAUUUUACCGGGCACUAAAUCCGUACAUAAUAUAUAAAUUUUGAUCUGUAUAGACCGUAAAGUUUUAAUCGGACUCGGUUUUCGUCAAUUGUCGUCGGAUUAAAGGACUUUUUAUUCAGUUGAAUCUUGAGGCUUAAUUAUAUUCAACCCAUAAAGAGUGACUACAUACUUUGAAAAUGAGUUUGUGGGUUGACAAAUAUCGUCCCACUAAUUUGGGAAAGCUUGAUUAUCAUAUUGAACAAGCCACACGUCUAGUGAACAUGGUACAAGAAGGAGAUUUUCCACAUUUAUUAGUAUAUGGACCCCCAGGAGCUGGAAAAAGAACACGGAUAAUGGGAAUAAUCAAAGAAUUAUAUGGCAGCGGUGCUGAGAAAUUACGAAUGGAAAGCAUGAAUUUCGAGACUCCGUCUCGAAAAAAACUUGAAAUAAUGACUAUCAGCAGUAAUUAUCAUAUCGAAGUUAAUCCCAGCGAUGUGGGCAUGUACGAUAGGGUUGUUGUGAUGGACCUCAUAAAGACCGUAGCCCAAACACAUCAGCUUGAUGCAACGGGUCAAAGAGAGUUCAAAAUUGUUCUGCUGACGAAUGUUGAUCAAUUAACAAAAGAUGCACAACACGCAUUACGACGCACAAUGGAAAAAUAUAUGGCUACUUGCAGAAUAAUACUGUGCGCAAAUUCAACUUCACGUGUCCUACCAGCUAUUCGAUCUCGUUGUUUGGGCAUAAGAAUACCAGCACCAAAGAUCAAUGAAAUUACAACGAUUCUGGAAUCAAUCUGUAAGCGCGAGGGAGUCACUGUACCACAUGAAUUAGCAAUCAGAAUUGCUGAAGCUAGUGAAAGAAAUUUGAGAAGAGCUAUUUUAAUGCUUGAGGCCUGCAAAGUUCAACAAUAUCCCUUCACUGUGAAUCAAAACAUUGCCGAACUUGACUGGAAAGUCUAUAUUCAGAACACUGCUAAGUUAAUAAUAGCGGAACAGUCACCUAAGAAACUGUUGGAAGUUCGCAGUAGACUGUAUGAUUUACUGACACAUUGCAUACCUUGUGACUUGAUUUUCAAAGGGCUGCUGCAAGAAUUAGUGAAAAAUUGUGAUCUUGAGCUUAAAACUCAAAUAGCCACUACCGCUGCAGAGUACGAGCACAGAAUGCAUCAUGGAUCAAAAGCUAUAUUCCACUUAGAAGCAUUUGUAGCAAGAUUUAUGGCAAUUUAUAAAAAAUUCAUGGAAACCUCCCUUGAAGCUUUCAUGUAACAAUCACUGAUCGGCAUUAAAUGUGA